AGUGGUAGAUCUCUAAUAUAGCUAGAGAUGUCAUAAGGUUGAUUGGAAGAUCGAGUUCAGUGGGUGCAGACCUACACGAUCAUAUCCCCCUUGUCGAUGAUGUAUCGGACAGGAGGAUUUGCACCCCCAAACCGAGCCCUGAAGCCGUGGAUGAUUGCCCUUCCCAUUCUGUUGUCACUGAUCCUGGUGGGGGUGACCCUUGGUCUCCUGGCUCGCUUCUUAAUCUCUGGUGAGAAAACGGAAUAUUAUCAUGGCACCUUUACAAUCUCAGAUCUCCUCACCAGCAGCAAUAAUGGACAAAAGAGCACAUACCAGUUUAAGGACCUACAGGAGAUGAGUGAAAAUUUGGUGGAUGAGAUAUUUAUUGAUUCUGCCCUAAACAAGCACUAUAUCAAGAAUCAAGUAGUCAGACUGACUCCAGAAGGAGACAGUGUGACUGCAGACAUCAUCAUGGUAUUCCAGUUCCCAUCCACCGGGCAAAGGGCAGUGAGAGAGAAGGAGAUCCACAGCCUCUUGAAUCGGAAGAUAAGGACUAGAAGAGCCUUGCCAAUAAAUGUCUCAUCAGUUCAAGUUAAUGGUUGUGGUAAACGAGCUACACCACUAGCAGUCAACAGAAUAAUGUCUGGAGAACUUGCACCCAGGGGUGCCUGGCCUUGGCAAGCUUCUCUUCAGCGCAAUAAUGUCCAUCAGUGUGGGGCCACCUUGAUUAGUAACAUAUGGCUCGUCACGGUUGCACACUGCUUUAAAAAUAGCGUCGAUCCACGUCAGUGGACUGUGAGCUUUGGAACAACAAUAAACCCUCCCUUGAUGAGAAGAAAUGUCAAAAAGAUUGUUGUCCACGAGCGGUACCGCUCCCCGUCCAGGGAGUAUGACAUCGCCGUCGUGCAGCUGUCCUCCAAAGUCCCCUUCUCAGACGACAUCCGUCGGGUCUGCCUGCCAGCAGCCUCGGACUCCUUCCGGCCGAAUUCCACAGCGUACAUCACGGGCUUCGGAGCGCUCUACUACGGCGGGGAAUCGCAAAACAACCUUCGAGAAGCCAGAGUGAAGCUCAUCAGUAACGAUGUGUGUAAACUACCACAUGUGUACGGCAACGAUAUAAAAUUUGGAAUGCUCUGUGCUGGAUAUCUGGAAGGAAUUUUUGAUGCAUGCAGGGGUGAUUCUGGGGGACCGUUAGUUAUAAGAGAUAAUACUGAUACCUGGUAUCUCAUUGGAAUUGUGAGCUGGGGAGAUAACUGUGGUCAAAAGAACAAACCUGGAGUCUACACAGAAGUGACUUAUUACCGACGCUGGAUUGCUUCGAAAACAGGCCUCUAACUCAGCAUAAAAGCUAAAAAGAAAGAGCUGUAUGCAGGCCAUACAUCUAUGAAAUCCAGAUAUUCAGUGGGCGUGGUACAACAGAGUGAGAUUAAGUGACAACCUGGCAACAUGAAACAUAUUACAUGAUCUCUUUUGGAGUCACAUUGGUUAAGCAGUAGUCAUAGCUGAUUUAUAAGAGAUUUUCUAUUUGUAAGGUAAUGGGUCGCUUUACCCUGGCUUGAAAACUACAGCUGGAAUUUUUGGAUCUUUAAAUCGAGUGAACUGGGGGAUAAUGAAGAGGAAUACAAAUGCCUGAGAUGGUCUGUGAGAGUCUUGUGACAUCUUUGCCAGAGGAGUCAGUGAGGAGCGUUUUGAACUGUAAGAGUUCAGGAAACUCAACAAUUCUCUGUCAUUUCUCCAGAACUCACGAAUGCUUUUUUCAUUUUCCUUAUUCUCCCAUGUUUUCCAAAUAUUUUUCCUCCACAAGAAAUAAAUUUGCCACUUGU